AUGUAGGCGUUGACUCUGUUGUUGCACUAUUUAAAUGAGAGCAGGGAGUUCAUUUAGAGACGCUUGAGUUUGACUUGUGAGAGCUUUCUGCAACCACAUCAGCUUUUUUUGGUUUGCGAGUCAGAUCAGCAUAGGUGAAGAUGCGUUUUCUUGCUGUGUCUAUGCUGCUGGUGUUUGGUUUUUCUUUCAUCAAGACUGAAGUUGUAAAUUCAUUCAGCACAUGCAGCGAUUUCUUUUUAAAUGGCCAGCCUCCAGUUAUUCCUGGCAUUCUGGAAAAUUCAGUCUCACAGGAUAACAAUCGCUACAAACUAAUCUGUCAAAAAUAUCAAAACGCUUACAAAUUUGCAACUCUCUACGACACACAAAAAAAAAUCCCCGUUUUCUCAGCUUACAGAUAUACUGGGAGUUAUGAAGGGGAACCACGUAUUCCAUGGAUGAUUGAGCCACAGCUUGAAGACUAUGAUGCUGCAAUGCGUGAACCAUGUGUCAAUCAGGCCUUCCCAGGAGACUACUGGGCACAGAACCCAUCGACUCGCACUCUGGUGAAUCACGGUCACUUUUUUCCCAGUGGUCAUGCAACUGAUAGUAUCACUGCUGAAUCUACAUUUACGCUGACCAAUACUGCGCCACAGUAUGACAGCUUUAAUAAUGGUAGCUGGAAUCCAAUGGAGCAAACAGUUAAAAAUACCAUGAAUUCUGACUGCCGUGACAAUUCUGAUAAUAUCUUGGCAUAUGUGCUGACAGGAGCUGUGCCAAGCAAAGCCAACCUCUUGAACAAAAGAGUCAACAUUCCCUCAUCAAUGUGGACAGUGUUCUGCUGCUAUAACUCCAAAACCAGCACAUGGGUGUCCCAGGCUCACUGGGCUGAUAACAAAGAUAAAAAAGAAAAAACAAUCAAUGCAAAAUCCCUGGAGAAAUUACAGAAGUUUAUGAAGGAAAAAUAUAAUUCAACAUCCACACUGUUUCAUGGUGUUGACUGUUCAAAUUUUGUAAAAAGUGAAUAAAGCAGAAUGAUGAAAGUUCUUAAUUAAAUUUCCAGUAUCAGCUUGGAGCUGAUUAUCUAGCUAAAUGAUCCCUGGAGUCAUGCACAUUUAAGCUUAAACGCUUGCUAAAAUUUGAAGUUGGUAUGAUAUAAUAACAGUAACAGAAUUCUGCUAGUCACCCUGACCCUGUUAUUUCUUUGACCAUUAUGUAAUGCAAAACAAAUAAAUGCUUUUAAAUCAU